UUCAGCCAAUUGAUAUGAUCAUUUCAGGAUGGGUUGGCUAGUGCCUUCUUUCUUCUUCACUAUAACAUUGUGUAAAGCAUUACUUCUCAUUAGACAGCGAAGGGCAUAUUAUAUUAACAUUGGUCUCCACAGGAUAUAGCAAAGACCAUGGGUGCACACGAUGCUGGAUCUCACCACCAGUUCACUGGAAUUCAGAGAUACUUCAAUGCAUAUACUAUCACAGGAAGAAGGAAUUGUGUAUUGGCAACAUACGCAGGUGUAGCCCUCAUUUUCUUGUAUUUUAAACUGAAGCCCAAGAAACAGACACCAGCUGUCACAGCAAAGUAGAAUAUGGAAUGAAUGUGUGACGUUAAUCAACAGAUUCUGGACUCCAAUAAAACCGAAAUCUAUCCUAUGUGGAUAUUAAACUGAAACCUUUUGUUGAGCAGUUUGAAUAUUUGUUGAGAUUCAUGGGGUUUUCUUACGCUUAAUGUAGAUUUCUCUGACUUGAUUUAUUUUAACUGUGGAUGAUGAAUAUUUAUUCAAUACCAUACUCCACUAUGUUGGACUGGAAUGGUUCUCGAGUUCAUUUGGGAAUGCACAAGUUUAAGUCCUUGAGAGAAGUAGGAUAAGUAUCCUACAUACACUAAAGGAAUUUGUUUUGCAAAUGUAAGGGUGUUGGCAUGUGAUAUGAACCCCCCCCCACACACACAGAAUUUUUGUACAUUUUUGGAUUACCUUUAUUUUAUGGCAAGCACCAGAGUAAGGUAUUGAUGGGUUCACUGAUUUUUCUAAACAGUACUUUUUAUGUUUUACACAUGUUAAUAGUCUUGUUGUUAUCUGGAUGUCACUAUUGGCAAGGAUGACUUAUUAAUGGAAGAUUUACUAGUAAUGCAUUUCGAAAACCUACGUAUUACAACAGUUUACAUAAUAGUAGCCAUCCUCAUUUUCAAACGAGGGGAAUUGCAAAAGGUAAGGCAAAUUAGACUGACUAGGUUGGUUACUGAACAUAAUAUUUCAUUCUCUUGAAUGUGACAAGCUUGUAUGUUUAUCCACAGGGGGUAACCCUUGGACUUGGACUUUACUUCACUAAAUAUCCUAAGAGCCAGAGGGAGAGGGUAAACUUUUUUUUUUUUCUUGCCCUAUUUUUGCCACAAGAAGGUCCCAAAGAAAUACGUUCGCAAUACAAGGGUUGCAUCUAGCUACACUACCUCUUGUCACAAAAUACACAGUGGACCACACUGAGAUUUUUGAGGUACUAAAAAGAAACUGGGUACUUUUUUCCUCUUGUUCUUAAGUACACUAGCAUUAUUGAUGUACCCCAGUUGGUAUUUAGAAGGGGUGAGUCCCUUACAGUUAUUGGAAAGUGAUAUUUUAUUGUGUCUCUCAAAAAUAAGAAAAAUGGCACUUUUAGGUGUGCUUGUUCUGUGUAAGUUUGUGGACAAGGCUGAUGGGAUCUGUAUUAAUGGACAUCUUAAGUCCUUCUGUUAUUUUAGUUGUAACACAAGGGGUGUUUACAUAGCUUUAUGCUCUGAAUGUUCCUUAUGUGGAUAAAAUGCAGUGGAGGUUAAGGGACUGGCUAUACAAACACACUUUGGAUAUUACAAAUAAGAACAUAAAUGAUGCCUUUUUUUUUUUUUUUUUUUUUUUUUUUAAGCACAUCUCUGAAUAUUCUGCUCCCUCUUGGUUUUUGGCUUUCUUCGUAGAGAGAUUUAUGGUAGGCUGUGGGAAGAUUUGAUUCUUUUACACCCCCUGGUCUUGAUGACAGUAUGUCUAGUAGCGCAUUAAAAUUGCAUUCUUAUUAGUGUAACCUUGAUUAAUUUAUUAAUGGAAAUUGUUUUUAUUUAAGCAGUGAUUUGUUGCAGUUUUUUGUUUAUUUGCUCAUUGGUUAAUUUAAGGCCCUGUGAAGGGGGGAGGGCUUUUUAAAUAGCUUGAUUUUUCUAUUUUCUGUAUUCUGAAAGUAGUCUUGUUGAUUCAUACAGACAAAAGCACUCAAUUUUAUUAAACAUUUUCAGCUAA